AUGGCUUGGUCGCAACAACGCAUAGAAGACGACGCCAACCGCUCUAGACGAGCGGCUGAAGUGCUCAAAAAGGGUGAUAAAGUUUGGCUGAACCUGAAGAAUAUCAAUGUUGAAGACCUUGAUAGGUUCGAGAGGGAGUUUAGAAAAGGCGAUGGAGUCGGAGAAGACGGUGCUGAAGCUAUCAUAGGGCCUCGUCGGAGCCGCAAGACGGCGGUUAACGCGAUGGAGGAGGCCUUCAAUUGGCACAAACGCUGUAUGGCGUUUUCCUUUGUACCCGGUGAAGAGGGGGAUAAUGUUAUGGGUUGAAACCCUUGGUUGGCUCAGGCUGAGAGCCUAAGCCUGAUUAGGUUAAGGGUAAAUCAGAGUCUAACCUCUCCGAUGUAAACAAGAAAGCUUCCCUUUCUUGUUCUCUUCUUUAGCUUAAUCUAGAAUAUCUUUGGCU